UUCGGUGUCACGUACGUUGCUUCAAUUUUUUGGUCUCCGUAGAAAUUGCUUGUUUCAUUCUGAAAAUAAAUAAGAUCAAUUAAUACUGCGGCUUUAGAUUAACAUUUGAAAUCUGCAUUGGAUUCCGGGAUUCGUUUUUUCAAUUACAUCGAGAAGGUUGAAAACUAAAGGAGAAAAAGAGAAAAAAAUAUUAGUAGUUAUUAUUUAGUUUCAGCAAAAAAAUAAGACAUGGCAUACAGUUGGGACAAUCGCGUUAGCUUCAUUGUCAAGUUUCUUUAUGAUAUAGACAACAAUGGAGUACUGGAUCAGCAUGAUUUUGAGUGCAUGGCUCUGAGAAUGACACUCAUUGAGGGUAAAGGUGAAUUCAACUACAAUCACUAUCAGGAAAAUCUUCAUAUCAUGCUUUCCCUAUGGGAGGAAAUCGCUGAGCUUGCGGAUUUCAAUAAGGUAGAAUUUGAUGGAGUGGUAACUACGGAAGAAUUCAAAGUAGCAGUUCAAAGAAGCUGCAUGGGACGAUCUUACAGAGAUUUUCCGCAAGCAAUGAAAAUGUUUAUCGACAGUCAUUUUAAAUUAGUCGAUAUAAACGACGAUGGAGUCAUCGCUGCUGAUGAAUUUCGCUAUAAUUGCGUGACGAGAAUUCCAGUUGAUAACAUCGAUGCUUUGGAUGAUGCUUAUCAAAGUCUUCUAAACGAUGAUGACAGAAGACGUGGAGGUUUGACUUUGGCACGGUACCAGGAGUUAUACGCGCAAUUUUUGGGUAAUCCUGACGAAAAUUGUCCCGCCGUACAUCUUUUUGGCCCCCUACACGAGCUUUGUUAAUUUCUUAUACGGACAAUUCAAAUUAAAACCAACAAAAAACAUAUAUAUAUAUAAGUCUGAUGACUAGAACAAAUACUGAAAAAAAGACAUGUGACGAAAGUUACUUUCAUUUUAAAGGAAACAGAGAAUCUUAUGUGAAAACCUUCAUGAUACUUACAGCAUAGAAUAAUAAAUUAUUCAUGUUGUUAUACAACAUCAUUACUAUAAGAGUUAGCUAAGCUAUUGUGAUUAAUUAUAAAUAUUUUCAUAUUUCGACUUUUCAAUAAAUCAACACAAUUUUCAUAA